CGUGAACGCAUAAGUGUCCCAGCAUCUGACUCCACCUAGCGGCAAAAUGUCUAGCGUGUGUUGAUAUUGUAUUUGACAAGUGCUGGAGUGUUACAUAUGGCGGCGUAUUGGUAGUCACCGAAAGAUAAAUAUAAAGUUUCAUCGUUAAGCCAAAGGAUUCUGAUUCAUACAGAGAUGUUGCUUUAGUUUUGAAAGAAUCUUCAAAUUAUAAUUGUUCCCUUCAGAACCUUAAAAUUAACAGAAAAUGUCUUCCAAAAACGAAUUAAAGAAACUGUCUGAGGAGAGUUUGACGAGACAGCCAGAAGAAGUUUUUGAUAUAAUAUGCAAAUUGGGAGAAGGAUCAUAUGGCAGUGUUUAUAAAGCCCUGCAUAAAGAGUCAGGGCAAGUUUUGGCGAUCAAACAGGUUCCAGUGGAUACAGACCUGCAAGAAAUUAUAAAAGAAAUCUCUAUUAUGCAGCAAUGUGACUCUCCUUAUGUAGUAAAAUAUUAUGGGUCAUAUUUCAAAAAUACAGAUCUUUGGAUUGUAAUGGAGUAUUGUGGCGCUGGAUCAGUAUCUGACAUCAUGAGGUUAAGAAAAAAAACUUUGUCUGAGGUUGAAAUUGCCACCGUUUUAUUGGACACCCUUCGAGGAUUAGAGUACCUGCAUUUGAGAAGAAAAAUCCAUCGAGACAUUAAAGCUGGAAACAUUCUCUUAAACUCGGAGGGACAUGCCAAAUUGGCCGAUUUUGGAGUAGCGGGCCAAUUAACGGAUACUAUGGCUAAAAGAAAUACGGUCAUCGGUACACCUUUCUGGAUGGCCCCUGAAGUGAUCCAAGAAAUUGGUUACGAUUGCGUGGCCGAUAUUUGGAGUUUAGGUAUCACGGCUUUGGAGAUGGCUGAAGGUAAACCGCCUUAUGGAGAUAUUCAUCCGAUGCGAGCAAUAUUCAUGAUUCCAACUAAGCCCCCACCGUCUUUCCGAGAGCCAGAUCAGUGGUCCCCCGAAUUCAUAGACUUCGUCUCCAGGUGCCUUGUCAAAAAUCCGGACGAACGUGCUACAGCUACCGAACUCCUUCAAAAUGAAUUCAUUGGAAUGGCUCAACCGGCUUCCAUUCUUAGCCAAAUGAUAGCUGAAGCCAAAGAAAUACGAGAGAAUUUGGUGUAUCGGUUGAGCGGAAGAAACUUAGUAGAGUCGGAUGACGACGAACCCGACAGUGGAACUAUGAUCAACGCUUCAGCCAACGACAGGACGCUAGUGCCCUCGCAGGAUUUUUACGACGGAACUAUGAUUGGAAGUAGAACCAGCGAGGGUACGAUGAUCGAACAUUGUACCGGAACUCUAGUACCUCACGGCCGGACAAGUGGCCGAACAAUGACUGAUGACGAUGACCUCGCCGAUAACUUAGGCACAAUGGUCAUUAAUACCGACGAGGAGGAAGAAGACGCUGAUUCGACAAUGAAGAGACACCAAACUUCGGAUGGUCAGGCGAAUAAGAGCAAAUAUCGUCCUUUGUUUCUUGAUCAUUUUGAAAAGAAGGAUGCUGAGAAGCUCUCUGUGGAUGGUGGUCCUCCCGCACCAGUUUCACCGGCUUCUACCGUCGCCCAGCCCAUUCCCAUGACGCCGGAAGAACAAAAACGAUUCGAAAGCAACUUGCAGCGCCAGCUGAAUCAAAUUUCGGCGGGCUCGACGGUUGGCGUGAUAGCACGAACAGUAAUGUCGGCACCCAGUCAAGAACCGGCUCCAGUAGCUGUUAUCCCGCCAUCGAUUCUUGGCGCCAAUGCCCAUCCGGAAAAUCCCGUUAAAAUGCAACGGCCUUUCAUGGACGGAGAUUUCGAAUUCCUCAAGUUCCUGAGCUUCGAAGAACUUCAGCAGAGAAUGUCAAACCUGGACUCGGAGAUGGAGCGCGAGAUUACUGACUUGCGUCGACGCUACCACGCCAAACGCCAGCCGAUUCAGGAUGCCAUCGAUCAGAAAAAGAAGCGCCAACAAAACUUCUGAGUCCCGACGUCUCGUCAUCAUCAUCACCAGGCCAACGACCGUUUCCUAGCUUGUAAUCUUGUAAUGCGCUUUGUCUCGUGACCAAGUAUUCCUCUCACUCUCUGACCGAUUGCAUGCCAACUGCAAAGUCGAAGGAGAGAAAACAAAAACACACAAAAACUUGGCCUAAUUGGGGCCGAGUUCCAAUAGUAACGAGUCAUUGUCGAAUGCCUUUGUGUGUGUGAACGUGUGUACGUCUCUCUCUCUCUCUGUGUGAGUCCUUGUCAUAACGUGCAAUUUUUCUCCUUAUCCCCCACUUCUUUGACGAUCGUGACUUCUUUAAAACGAAAUCGAGGGAUUUUUUCACUUCAAAUUCCUUUACAGGUGCCAUCGGUUGUAUUUUUUUUUCUCUCUUGUGUUGGGUUUAAUUACCUCGGUAAAAAGCCAUUAUUUACAACAGGUCUCAAAAAAACAGAUCUUUUGUGCUGUCUUAAAAAUUUCUUUUUUGUUUGUAUUUUGUUAUGAUUUAGUAGCAAUUGAAAUUACACGUCAAAAUGAUA